UGUUCCUGUCACGGUUAAAAUAUAAUUCCUGGAUAUAAUAAUCCAUUCACCCAUAUACAUUAAUAUAUAACUCAUUAAUAGAGUUAAAAGGUGGAGAACAGUCAUUUCACAGGAGACACGGCUGCUCCUGUUCGAUUCCUGAAUGGGUUUACUGAAUGCAAGUCAGCUUGCAGCCAAAACUGCUACAUGCUUUCUGCACCGUCUUUCAAAGUCAUGGGUUUCCACCAAAACCUGCCUCCCGAGGGACAAGAACAUCGUGCUCAUGGGCCUCCCCGGGGCAGGAAAGACCACCGUGGGGAAGAUAGUGGCCCAGAAACUUGGCCUGCCUGCCGUGGACAUCGAUGACGACGUCUUGGAGACGCAGUGGAAGAUGCCCGUGGCUGCCAAGCUGGCUGCGGUGGGCGCCGAGCAUUUCCUGGAGGAAGAAGGUCGGGUGUUGUGUAACUUUUCUGCCUCUGGGUGCGUGGUGUCCCUGACGGGCUCCAACCCCCUCCACGCCGAGGCCAUGCAGCACGUGAAGCGCAGCGGGCUGGUGGUCUACCUGGACGUGGACAGUGAGGACAUCGUUCACAGACUCAGCAGGAUGAAGGUGAACAGGAUAGUGGGCCAGGAAGCGGGUGUGUCCAUGAGAGAUAUUCUGCUGUACAGGAAGCAGUUUUAUGAGAAGUGGUUGGACGUGCGGGUGCUGUGUGGGACCGGAGACACGGAGGGGGAAGUAGCGGAGAAGGUGCUGAAGGCCGUGGAGAGAUACGAGAAGCACGAUGAGGAAAUGUACGCGUCAACCAGGUGUGACGGCUCCAGACUGUCGGAGCAGAAGAGACACUUCAGCGACGUGGUGGUGGAGGGUCUGGCCCCGGAUGGAGGACUGUACGUUCCCCUGAACGGCUUCCCCAGGUUUAGUGAGCGUGAGUGGCUGAGGUUAGUGUCCAUGUCCUACCCAGAACGGGCUUCGGUUUUACUGGAACGCUGCAUCCACCCGCUGGACGUCCCUGCCCUGGAUCUGAGAGCCAUGACCUCCAGGGCGUACGGGUCAAACUUCUCCAGCGACAGAGUCGCACCGGUGAAGCAUCUGGUGGACAACCAGUACGUGCUGGAGCUUUUCCACGGCCCCACCGCCUCGUUCAAGGACCUGGCCCUGCAGCUGAUGCCCCAGCUGUUCUCCUUCUGCCUCCCGCCCAUGUGCAACUACCUGGUCCUGGUGGCCACGUCUGGGGACACGGGCAGCGCCGUGCUCAGCGGCUUCGGCGGGCUGAGCGCGGGCGACGGGCGGCGCACCGGCGUGCUGGUGUUCUUCCCGGAGGACGGCGUGAGCCGCAUCCAGAAGCUGCAGAUGACGAGUUUUGGGGACGGCAACGCCCGGGCCGUCGGCGUGCGGUCGGACUUCGACUUCUGCCAGAGGAGCAUCAAGAGGAUGUUUGGGGAGGCCGGGCUCGCCGGGCAUCUGGCCGUGGAGUACGGGACGGUGCUCAGCACCGCCAACUCCAUCAACUGGGCGCGGCUGCUGCCGCAGGUGGUCUAUCAUUCCUCCUGUUACCUGGACCUCUGCAGAGACGGCGUCAUCAAGUUCGGGGAUCCCGUUGAUCUCUGCAUCCCUACCGGUAACUUUGGCAACGCCAUUUCCGCCAUCUAUGCCAAGGAAAUGGGCAUCCCGAUCAGAAAAGUCAUCUGUGCGUCCAACCACAACCGCGUGGUGGCCGACUUCAUGUCCACGGGCGAGUACGACCUGCGGGGACGGCCAAUGCUGCUCUCUCACUCCCCGGCCAUCGACAUCCUCAAGUCCUCCAACCUGGAGAGGUUCGUCCAUCACGUUUCUGGCAGAAACAGCGGCCUCGUCCAGGACCUGUUCACUCGGCUGGACUCGCAGGAGCACUUUCAGGUCCCCGUGCCUCUCCUCGGCAAGAUGCAGCAGGAGGUUCUGGCCGGCUGGUGUUCUGAGGACGACUGCUUGGCCGCCAUCCGCAGCGUCCACGGGCAGACGGGUUACGUCAUGGACCCGCACACUGCGGUGGCCAAAGUGGUGGCCGACCGGCUGCAGGACGGCUCGUGCCCCGUGGUGCUUUGUUCCACCGCUCACUACGGGAAGUUCGCCCCCGCCGUGUUCAAAGCUUUACGGAUCCAGAAUGUUCCUCAGGAGCCUGGAGAACAGCUGAGGGAGUUGGACGCGGCUGCGUCCGGCCCGCCGGCGCACAGGAGCAUGGAGGAACGGCUGAAGAGCGGAGGGAGGGAACACGUGGUUCGCCAGGCCGACUACGGCGGGUUGGUGGAGGAGGUGGAGAGCAUGAUUCACCACUGCUUUUUGAAGGCCAUGUAGAAGGAAACAUUUAUCUUAAAUGAUGAUUAACUUCAAGUAAAUAGUAAAAAAAAAAUCUUAUCUUCGUCUCAUCCAAAGAUGUAAAAAUAAA